ACUUGCAUAUGUUGUUGCAUUACUUCCAUAGUUGCAGUCCAAGAGUCACGUCACAAUUUAAAAAAGCGCGCUUUGUGGAAACAACCAAUGACCAAGUGAUGCAUUAGAAUCUAAUGGUAGUAGUAACAGUAGUGGGAGUCAAGAGUAAUAAGAGCUGUAAUGAGUGAAGGAAAGUCAUAUCUAAUGUCACAAAACAAGUAACAACAGCUGACUCUUGUCAGUUGGUAAUUAAACAUAAUCUGCACGAUUUUAAUCGUCUUUGAUUGGUUGUAUGCAUUCGGUGCAUGAAACUGAAGGUUUAUUCAAGAACAACAUGACUCCUGCAAUAUCAAUGUGACUAUAUCAACGAACAUGAUGUAGUCUUCAUCAUUACAUAGAAAGUAGACUUAGUCCACUAACAACAGCUACAAGAGAGGUUUUAAUUAUAUCUGAAGAGGUUGAUAUGGAGUAUACUAAUAACACAAGACCACUUUUACAAGAAUCAGACUCUGAUACUGAAUCUGUCGAUCUAAGAACACAAAGUUACCAAGAAUGUAUAGUGAUCAAGGAUACAAAACCAUUGUUCAGGCCAGCAGAGCCCAGAGACAAGUAUUACAUGGCCUAUUUAAUUUUUUACUUAUUGGGUAUGACCACACUGCUGCCAUGGAACUUCUUUAUCACUGCGGAUGAUUAUUGGAUGUAUAAGUUUAGGUCUGUGAAUGCAGAUGAGUACUUAAAUGUGUCUCAGGUGUCUCAGCACGAUGGAAAGCGAACACCUUUACAGGCUGAGUUCACUUCUUACUUGAGUGUUGCCUCAUCACUGCCAAAUAUUGUGUUUUUAACUUUGACUACAUUCCUUACACACAAAAUAUCAUUACAAAAACGUGUGAUUGGUUCAUUAAUUUUAAUGCUGAUUUUAUUCAUUAUGACGACGGUUUUCGUGAAAAUUAACACUGACUCAUGGCAACAAACAUUUUUUAUGGUGACACUUGCUUCGGUCGUUUUGCUAAAUGUUGCUAGUGCAAUAUUAUCUGGAUCUCUCUUCGGCAUAAUCGGCAAGUUUUCGCCGAAAUAUAUCACAGCCACCGUUGGUGGGCAAGCCUUGGGUGGAAUUUUCGCCGCAAUCGCCCAGAUUAUUUCACUGGCGAUCGGUAUAUCCUCAACUUUCAGCGCUUUCGUCUAUUUCAUGGUCGGCAAUUUAAUGAUUCUGAUCUCGUUGGCGUGCUACAUUAUUCUCUCGAAAACCGUCUUCUUUAAAUACCACAUAUCUGAGAGGACAGGAGUCACUGGUAACGAGUUUCAGACGGAAUUAUUACGGCCAAGAAUCGUCUGUCAUCGUACCAUCUUUAAAAAAAUAUGGCCGCAUGCAUUGAGCGCUUUUUUGGUGUUUACAAUCACACUGAGCGUUUAUCCAGGCGUUACAGUGUUGAUUGAGAGCGAGAAUCGAGCAUCAGGCAGCGCAUGGACAAAUGUGUAUUUUGUACCGGUGGUUGCAUAUCUAAUCUUCAGUUGUGGUGAUUAUGCUGGACGACUUGCUGCAGGUUAUCUUCAAAGGCCACGACAUGGCGGAUGGAUUCUCUUGUUUAAUCUCAUCCGAAUUGCGUUUGUACCGCUGAUGCUUUUUUGCAAUGCACAACCGCGCCACUCAAAUAUUCCGGUGCUUAUCACCAAGGAUUACUACUAUAUCUUGAUUAUAGUUCUUUGCUCAUUGAGUAAUGGUUACCUUGCCAAUCUGGCGGUACUUUGCGCCCCACGACUAGUCGAGCAUCACGAACGAGAAACCGCUUCGUCGAUGCUCACCGUUUUCAUCGGCAUCGGUCUCGGUCUCGGGUCUUCCGUUAGUUUACUUAUAGUCAAAUUGCUUUAACUCACACACGCUAAUCUAGACCAAAUUCAACCAUAAAUGACAUUUUAUUACGUAGUUCCUAGUGCGUAAGAUGAAUAGAUUCGAAUAUUUAACUGAUACAUGAUUAGAUAGUAUUACAAAUUGAUAUUUAUAUAUAAUAUUUAUGAUAUCUACGUAUAUAUGCACAAUUUUUUAUGUUUUACGUAUUUGUAGACUUUGUAAAUACAUAAGUGUCGGUAGGUGUGUCGUAAUACUGAUGUUAUGAUGAUAUUAUACUCAAGAACAAUUCAUUGUGAUCGAUAUGUCAACAUAUUGCUGUUUAAACGUAUCUGUAACUUAAUGCCAGAGCACAAAUUAAAUAAUUUCACAAUUUA